CAGGCAUAACGUUUAGGGUAGGAACCUUUCUUUCGGCUACAGAGAAACGGGGAAUGUGUUACUGACGGACUGUUGUGAAAGAGAAACGGGGAAUGUGUUACUGACGGACUGUUGUGAAGGGAAAUUGCAAAGGAAAUAUUUCCAUGCUGGAAUUUAAGUAUGAAAAUGUACACAAUUAAUUGAAUAUGGGUUUACAGGUUUUUUAAUUUCUAGGGAUAUAAUUUUUCUAAAACGCUUAACGCUGGAAUUUAACACCCAAAGUCACAGCUCGCUCGGGUUUGUUUACAUCGGUUUUAAGCUGUUUUGACUGACUGUGAAUAAUCAUGUGGGGUGAAAUCAUCGAGCCUCCGGUAAAAACCCAUCCAAGUUCACAUGAGAGCGAACCGGAGAGUAAAGAACCGGCGAAACCUGUGGACUUUCCACGGAGAUGCGACCAGAACAGACAGACGGAAACCCGGCAGCUCCCACGAGACUUUCAGAGCGAGUCCAGCUGCGUGAACGCCAUGCUGACAGACGUGGCCAUGAGCGGCAGCCAGGUGAGGAGCCAGCAGAUCGGGGAGGCUGAGCUGAGCCUCGGGGAGCGCAGACAGGAGCUGCUGCAGCAGUUCCGCAGCAGGCCGCUGGUGUUCCUGGAGAGGUACCACGCCUAUCUGAAGCCCGAACACCUCCCUGUGUUUUCCCACGUCAGCUCCGACCCCAGAGCCCAGCACUACAGCAAUGUGGUGCGGACGCGAGCGGCCUGCUGCACCAGCAGAACCAGAGUCAGAAACCACCGCUACGCCGCUCUCCGAGCUCUGCAGAAAGAGGGAAAGUAUUUCAGUGAGGAAGAGAUGCGCAGGAGAGAGCCUCUGCUGUACGAGCAGUACAUUGGCCAGUACCUGACCGAUGACGAGGUGAUAGAGCGCUCCCAUGAGGCCAUGUCGGACGGUGCGGACGAGGGUCAGGGAGCGCCUGGCAGCGGCACAGGAGGACUUGCCAACCUCCUCCUGAACUCCUACCAGGAGCGGCUCAUUCAGAGCCGACUGCAGGAAGAGCAGGAGAGGGAGGACGGUGCACAGGAGGAGGAGGAGGAUGAAGAGGACGAUGACACCCAGCAGAAGGAAUGGGAGCCCACGGAUGAGGAGAAGGCUCUGCUCAGGGAGGAGUUUGUCAGUCAGAUGCACCAACGCUUUUUGGAUGGCAAAGAUAAGGACUUCAACUACAGUGAGGUGGACGAGAACCCCGAGUACGACAACUUGGAUAUUGUCAACAGAGAUGCAGAGGAGAAAUACUUUGAUGAAGAUGACGAUGAAGAUUACCUACAAGAAGAAAUAGAGGAUGAUAAUAUGACAGAGUAGCUUUCUUAUUGUUCUCCACACUUUGCUGCUCAAAUAUCUCUGUAAAUACAAGUUUAUCACCCCCAAAUGUGUAAUUUCUGCAAUAAAGCUGACAGUAAACAAA